AUGAAGGAACUCGCACCUUAUGUCCAGAUGACAGAUUUAGAUGAUUCUUUAAAAGUAGCUUGUCCUAUUUGCUACAAUGAAUUUGACAGUGCAGAUCUAUUGAGUUUGAGCUGUGGGGACAAGUUUUGUAAAAAUUGCCUUGAGAUGUUCCUUACUAACAAUAUAAAUGACGGCAAAAUAUCAGCUAUUGUAUGUCCUAACUCAACUUGCAAUGCAGUAUUAGCAGACAACUUUAUAGAAUCAUUGGUAACUAAAGAACUUUAUGAAAAAUUCUUAAAAAUCAGAGAAAAUAAAACUCUAGAAAAAAACCCAAACCUUAUCUGAUGCCCAGUCCCUGACUGUGGAGGUUACAGCUAUAUUUCAGGGCCAGGGAAAAAUCAGCUGUCCUGUAAUAAAUGUGAUACAAAAUUCUGCAGUGAAUGCAUUAGUCGAUGGCAUGAAGGCUCAUGCCAAAGAGACCAACUAUUAGACGAUUAUAUUGUAAACAACAAACUAAAACGGUGUCCUGUAUGUGCAAGCUAUAUUGAAAAAGCAUUUGGCUGCCCCUCAGUAACUUGUACAUGUGGAAGCACAAUAUGCUGAAAAUGUGGAAAAAUAAUAGAUGAAUCUCAUGAUAUGGCUAAAUGUAUGCUCGGAGGGUCUUAUGGCAGUGCGUCUUGAAUAUUAAUUGUUAUUUUGAUUUUUUCUUGGGUCUUAUUUCCAUUUGAAUUAGGAUUUUUGACAAUUUAUUUUAUGGAGGACUGGGGAGAUCCGAAUCAAAGAAGUUUUAGAAAAUUAAAGCCGUUUUUUUAUUUUAUAUUAGUAUUACUGUCACCAAUUGGGCUGGUUUUGGCGUUACUUUUUGGAGGAAUGACACCUGGGACAAUGCUGGUGCUAAAUAUAGCAAAGGCCUUAAAAUUUGAAGAGAAGAUGAAUAAGAGAAUAAGCAAUCUAAUAGUGACUGUACUUUGAUUGCUAAUAGUGCCGGUAAUUGUUGCGUUAGUUGUAGUUGCAUUUUUAUUGGUGAAUGCAUUACUUCCUUUGGCGGGGAUAUCUUUAAUGGUAGCAAAAUUAAGUAACAAAAAUCAAUAA